GUCGGUAGGCCUCACCCCCUGCCUGCGGUGUGGCUAUUUUGAAAGACGACAAGUUCGGUGGGGAAAGUAAACUGGCAGCUACCCUAUUCAUUGAUGAUGGCCGCAUCCGCCCACCACAAAAGCCUGUCCUCUUCCCAGUCGCACACACAGCCCCACCCUCCUCCCAAAUCCAAGCGUCGCAAGAACACCACCAACCUCUCAGCCACCUCCUCCUCCAUCCCCGACGUCGUUUCCUCCAACAGCGUCUGGUGCUGCCCCGCUUUAAAGCCCCAUCCAACAACCUCUUCCGCCUUUUCCUCUCCUUCUCACCAUCCUCGCCGCAACUUUACUCCCACUCCGCCGCUGCCGCUCCCUCUAAACAAUCCGGCCAUUUCAACCUUGCCCGAAGCUGUCGGGGCUUCCCCUCCAAUGGACGUCUCUCCUGGCUCGGGAUACCCUGUCUAUCCUUCCUGCUACAGCAAGUUCAACUCCGCGCUCAAUGCCGGCCUCCUAAACCCCAUGUCGCCUCCCCCUGUGGAUAAGACGCGAUCCAGCCCCACACUCUUCGACAUGAUGGCAAAUGAGCAGGAAUACCACCCCAGGACCGGCGCUAUGCACUCUGCGGGUCAAGUCCUUCCAAACGGGAGGAACCCUGCCGUUUCUGCACAGGACCGCCAGAUCCUACUCCAGGAACGCGUUGCAGAGAUCCUCGGCAGCUGCAGCCCUGGCAACCAGUUCAACGAUCAGGAAACUGGCGACGUUCGCCUCACUCUCAGUUCCAAGGAUGGCCUCUCUGUGUCUCUCAGCGUCCACCGUCACAUCCUCGUUGCUCACAGCAGAUUCUUUGCCGCCAAGCUCUCUGAUCGCUGGUCUAAGCAGCAGCGCUCCCUACCUCACCUCGUUGAGAUAUCUGAUUGCGACGAUAUUGAAGUCUAUAUCGAAACUCUUCGACUCAUGUACUGCAAGGACCUUCGGCACCGUCUCCUGAGAGAGGACGUUUCUAAAGUCCUUGGCAUUCUUAAGAUUUCUGCGGCGAUCGCGUUUGAUGCCGGGGUUUUGUCUUGUCUGGAGUACCUAGAGGCCGCCCCAUGGACGGAAGAUGAGGAGGAGAAGGUAGCAUCUGUUCUUUCCCAGCUCCAUCUAGAGAGCUCUGGGGCCGGGGAGGUUCUCAAAAGGGUCUCCCUCGAAGUAGUCCCAUCAUCAGUGGAGGAAGCAAAUGGGCAUGGGGCUGGCGGAAACGGUGAAGAGAUACUUUUGCGUCUACUCCAGGUUGUUUUGGAGGGGAAGGACGAGAAGGCCAGACGGGAGAUGAAGGGCCUCGUCUCCAAGAUGCUGUGCGAGAAUAACAGCGGGCGGGGUGGCACCGGGGACCUUAGCAAGGAAUCCCUCUUGUCCGCCUGCGAAGGCUGUCUCCGCCUCCUUCGUUUGCAUCUCCUCCGUGCAGCCUCUUCCGACGUCUCCGAAGCUGCCCAGAUUGCGAGGCAGGCCGAUAACCUCCAUUGGAUACUGGACAUCCUUAUCGACCGACAGAUUGCAGAUGAAUUCCUGCGAACAUGGGCGGCCGAGACGGAGCUUGCUGAGGCGCACCCGCAGGUGCCCGCCAUCCACCGCUACGAGGUGAGCCGAAUCACAUCGAGGCUGUUUGUAGGCAUUGGCAAAGGUCAAAUAUUGGUAUCGAAGGAGGCGAGGUGCCUGCUGUUGAAAACGUGGUUGGAACCGUUUUAUGAGGACUUCGGGUGGAUGCGCCGUGCCUGCAAAGGACUUGACCGCCACCUCGUUGAAGACGGGCUCGGCAACACUAUACUGACGCUGCCAUUGGCGACGCAGCAGGAGAUUCUCCUUGCUUGGUUUGACCGCUUCCUCAACUCUGGCGACGACUGCCCAAAUAUCCAAAGAGGCUUCGAGGUGUGGUGGCGGCGGGCUUUCUGGCGCCGAAAUGGAGAAACCAGUAGGCCACCCCAGCUUAGGAUAACAGCUUCUUGCGAGAAUUCUUCUUGAUUUCUUUGGCAUGGUUGCUGAUGUUUUUUCAGCCUUCAGGUUCCUUUUUUCUUUUAAUACAUUUUUCUUUUAAUGUCACAAAGGGUUUAGUUUUUUUCCUUUCUUUGUAGAUUUUUGUGGGGUUUGGUUCUAUUCUUCCUUUCUAUAUGUGGAAUUGUGUGAGGUUUAUGACAGGUUAGUCUGACUGUGGGUAGAAAUGAAGCAGGAAAAUGUGUAUUCUAUUAGUGUAGGAGGGAGAGUGUUUGGGAGAAUGAGUUAUCCAAUGCUUCUAACUAUAACGUUUAGAGCCUUAAUUUUCAUGCUUUUAUUUGGUUAUCUUUCACUGCUUUUCUGAAAAUCUGCAUUAUUUUUGUAAUUUGCUCUUGUGAUGCAAAUUUAAUGUAUUUGAAAGUUAUCAGUGGGCACA